AAGAAGUUAAUGAUGGAAUUAAUUAGUAGUUAAUUAUGUCUAUGAGGACAUUUAAAACAGGCUAGUCUUAUUAAGGAAAUAAUAACAUUUGGGCCUCCAGGUACUCAUUUGGGCCUCCACAAUACGUGUAGUGGACUGGGCUCUGCAUGCAAAAGUUCAGGUCGUUGUACACGUCACAAAGGCUUGAUGUGUCACCAGUUCAUUGGCUGGUUAGCAACAACCCGUGUCACCACCGGCGCGGCAUCGGUAUAAUCCUACACGGCGGCAGGAGCCUUGUCAAUCUCAGCUCUCCCGGCAACAAAUCCCAGAAGCUUCAAAAUUCAGGGAAGCAAAUUUCUCGUUGCCGUCUUUCUUCUGGGUCCUCUUCUUCACCGUGGAUCUUUGCGGGAUUAAUCGAAGCCGAAGAAAGAUGAGAUCUUUGUUGCCACUCCUUGUUCUAGGCGCUCUUUCCACCUACGUUUUAGCUGACCAGAUCCUCCCAGCUCACGUAGGUGGUUCGUUCAGUCGCAGUUCUCGCGAGCCCAAGUAUAAGAUGGAGUUCCAUCCUGAAGAAGCACCAUUUCAUCCUGAUGAGGAUCAAGAAUCUGUUGUUAUGCCUGAUACAAACGGGCGCAGUUACAUAUGUUACUUGCCUAAGAUAGAGAAAGCCAAGAGUGAGAAGCCAGUCAAUCAGGUGAACAUAACCAGCAUGAUUGUGGAAACUGAGAGACGGCUUAAAUUGAAGACUCCCGACGAGCUGCUUGAAGUGUUCAAAGGCAAAUGUCUUGUCAGACAAGAGGGUUGGUGGACUUAUGAACUCUGCCACGAACAAAAGUUAAGGCAGUUUCAUGUGGAAGACGAGAAGGUGGUACAGGAAUUUGUUUUGGGUAUUUAUGAUGAAGAGGCCACAGCUGCAUUCAACCAGAACUUAAAAGACGUUUCCACCUUGAAAGAUCCUCGCUCCAAAGAUGCAUCUCAAAGGUACCAUGCUCAUCAAUAUACAAAUGGAACUCUCUGUGAUCUCACCAAUCAGCCACGAGAAACCGAAGUGAGAUUUGUAUGUUCUGAGCCAAGAGCAAUGAUUAGUUCUAUCACAGAGCUAUCCACUUGCAAGUACGCCCUGACAGUACAAUCUCCGAUGCUUUGCAAGCAUCCACUGUUCCAAGAAGAGAGACCUGUGUGGCACACCAUCAACUGCAAUGCCCUGCCGAAGACUUACAAGGAAAGCAAAGUUAAGAAAGAUUCAACUGGAGGGGAUAAGCAAAUCUUCAUGGUCACUGAGGUUGAGAAUCCAACCAACGCACAGUCUGAGGAGUGAAUCUAACACUUGGAAGGAGGGAGAUUUUGUACUUUGUAUUCACAUCACAGUCGUUCACUUGCAGAAACUCCGGGCCUCUAAAUUGUUCCUUGAUGUCCAGGUUAAGGGUGGCAAACUGGCAUUUGUGUUAGUUAAGUGGCAUGUAAAUAUAGAAGACGAACCUAUUCUCAGAUAACGGGAUCUUGUAAAUGAAUGGAUUGAAGAGGA